AUAUAUAUAAGAUCGAAAUGUGAGAUAAGCCGAUGACUAAGUCUUUAUCAGAAGGGCUUCCAUAUUCACAUACGCAUAUUUCCGGGAUACGGUCCAUUUUGAGAAGACUAAUCAAUUCUUGUUAGAUAUUUGAUAGACAAGUCAGAAGAGAUUCAAGAAGAUCAGAAAUGAAGAGGCUGCCUGUGGAAUGCGUCUCCCACAUCCUAUCCUUGACGUCACCUCGUGAUGCCUGCAGAUCAUCUGCUGUGUCUUGUCUCUUCAGGAAUGCUGCCGAUUCUGAUUUUGUCUGGGAGAAGCUUCUUCCUUCCGAAUUUAAGCGUAUCAUUUCCGAGUCUUCAUCCUCCUCGUCUUUGAUUUCCAUGCCCAGGAAGGCUCUCUACUUCCAUCUCUGCACUCACCCCAUCAUCAUAGGCGAUGGCCACACGAGCUUUGCACUAGAUAAGCAGAGCGGCAAGAUAUGUUAUAUGGUAGGCGCAAGAGGGCUUGUAAUUGCAUGGGCGGAUACACCCGCUUACUGGCAAUGGAUGACUCUACCACACUCCAGGUUCUCUGAAGUGGCUAGGCUCAAACUUGUAUGGUGGCUUGACAUCAAGGCUUGCAUAUCGACUAGCAACUUAUCCCCAGGAACAAUCUAUACAGCUUACCUUGUGUAUCAGCUCUCAGAAGUAAGAUCGGGGUUGGCGAGAACACCUCUUGUGUUGCGCAUCAGUUAUCGACAACGUACAGUUGUGAAGCUGCACAGAGUGAUCCUAGACCCUAUGCCUCAGCGAGCUCGACACAGAGGAGAUGGGUGGAUGGAGAUUGAGAUGGGUCAAUUCUUCAAUGAACAAGGAAAUUAUCAUGAUGUUGUAGAGUGCAGUAUUACAGAAGUUAGUAACCUAAAGAGCGGCCUCAUUGUGGAAGGUAUUGAGCUUAGGCCUAUACAUAUGUAA